AAUAUUUUCUUAAAAAAAGAAGAAAAAAAAAAUCAAAAUCAAAUAUCGUGCAAAGUUCCAAACCAAACUGGUGAAGCACACAGGCUUGAAAGGUCAAACUGGUAGUGAGUGAGAACUGUGCAACAACAACAAGCUUCCAUUCUCACUCUCACUCUACAAACAGAGAGAGAAACAAACAACCUUUCUUUCACCAAACUCAUCGAUCGAAAAGUUUGUUGCUUUUUCAGGUUUUACAAAAGAAUUAGCUCAAUGUCUUGGGCUUCCCCUGAUGAGCUUUUACUCUCCACCUCUCUUGCUACAUACCUUGACAAAAAACUUCUUGUCUUGUUGCGAGAUGGUCGAAAACUUUUAGGUUUCUUACGCUCGUUUGAUCAAUUUGCUAAUGUUGUUCUAGAAGGUGCAUGUGAACGAGUAAUUGUUGGAGAUCUUUACUGUGAUGUGCCUUUAGGCCUUUAUGUAAUUCGUGGGGAAAAUGUUGUCUUAAUUGGAGAGCUGGACUUGGGAAAGGAGGAACUUCCGCCACAUAUGACAUGUGUGUCAGAGGCUGACAUAAGAAAGGCACAAAAAGCAGAACGUGAUGCUAGUGAUCUAAAGGGCACCAUGAGGAAAAGGAUGGAAUUCCUUGAUUUUGACUAAAACUUCCUACCAUCUUAAUAAUCAAGCUAGUAGUCAUAUAUGCAAAUUUUAAUGCAGCUAUGACUCAAGUUGGAUAACAAUGGUUGGAAGGAUAAGUAAUAUGGUUGAUGUGCAUUUAUCUUCUUUAGGAAUUAGCGAGACUCGAGACAGAAUACUUAACAGCUAAUAGUUUUUUUUUUUUUUUUGUAAUCGAGAUCAAAAUUGAAAUUGAUGUCUGGCUUCCUUAUAGAGCAACCAGCAAUCAUCAUUGAUUCAUAUCCUUAAAUUGUUGCAUGUGGAUUAUGUUAAUGCAUUUGGAGGCAUGAUGUUAAUUGAGCUUUUAAAUUAUAGUUUCGUUUUAGAUAA